CAGUGAAUUAUACAAUUGUAUUAAAAAAAAAACAGAGAAAAGAAUUUCUCAUUGUGCACUCCAUCCACCUUAAAAAGUUAUUGCACAUAUACAUACAUGAUACAUACAUCAUUUCAUUUCUGUAUCUCUUCAUUUCGUUGAUUACCGAUCAAAUUGUAACCUCCCUCCUCUCUCAUCUACCAAAACAAUCUCUCUCUCUAAAUAAGAUCAAUUUCAUUUCAAUUCAACACUUUUUGAACUCAGUUUCUAGGGUUUAGAAGAUGGAUUCAGAUGAAGAUAUGCACGACGCCGGCUCAAUCGACGAUGACUUUUACAGCGGCGAGACGGCGAUGGACUCCGAUGACGACGCCGAUGCUGCUUAUGAAUUCAUCGACCACGAUUCUGAUGAUUCUGAAGACUUUUUGGCUUUUCGUAAUCAGCCAAACUAUAAAAUUUUGAGCGAAGCUGAUAUUAAACAGCACCAGGAGGAUAGUAUUACAAAGAUUUCCAAUGUACUUUCAAUAUCAAGGGUUGCUGCUGGAAUUCUACUUCGUCAUUAUAAUUGGAGUGUCAGUAAAGUUAAUGAUGAAUGGUUUGCUGACGAGGAGAAGGUUCGCAAGGCAGUUGGCUUGCUGGAGGAACCUAUGCCACUCCCAGAUGGCCGAGAGCUUACUUGUGGAAUCUGCUUUGAAAAUUAUCCCCGUGAUAAUAUGGCUGCUGCUGCUUGUGGUCAUCCUUUUUGUGUCACCUGUUGGCAAGGAUAUAUUAGCUCUGCUGUUAAUGAUGGUCCCGGAUGUUUGAUGUUGCGAUGUCCUGAUCCAUCAUGUUGUGCUGCUGUUGGCCAAGACAUGAUAAACGAACUGGCCACUGCUGACGAGAAAGAGAAGUAUAAUCGUUAUUUUCUUAGAUCAUUUAUUGAGGACAAUAGAAAGACAAAGUGGUGUCCUGCACCCGGAUGCGAUUAUGCAGUUGAUUUUAUUGUUGGUUGUGAAAGUUAUGAUGUCAGUUGUCGCUGUUCAUAUAGCUUUUGCUGGAAUUGCACCGAAGAAGCUCAUCGACCAGUUGAUUGUAGCACUGUAGCCAAAUGGGUAAUGAAGAAUAGUGCAGAAUCUGAAAACAUGAAUUGGAUAUUAGCUAAUUCCAAGCCUUGUCCCAAGUGCAAGCGCCCAAUUGAGAAGAAUCAAGGUUGUAUGCACAUCACAUGCACACCACCUUGUAAAUUUGAGUUUUGCUGGUUGUGUUUGGGGGCAUGGUCAGAACAUGGUGAGAGAACAGGUGGUUUCUAUGCAUGCAACCGUUAUGAGGCGGCAAAGCAAGAAGGCGUGUAUGAUGAUACUGAGAAACGUAGAGAGAUGGCAAAAAAUUCUCUUGAAAGAUAUACUCAUUAUUACGAAAGAUGGGCUACAAACCAAUCGUCCAGGCAAAAAGCAAUUGCAGACCUGCAGCAAAUGCAAACUGUGCAUCUUGAGAAGUUGAGUGAUAAACAGUGCCAACCAGAGUCACAGCUCAAGUUCAUCAUAGAAGCCUGGCUGCAGAUAGUCGAAUGUAGGAGAGUGCUAAAAUGGACAUACGCCUAUGGAUAUUACUUAGCAGAGCAGGAACAUGCCAAGAGGCAAUUCUUUGAAUACUUACAAGGUGAGGCUGAAUCUGGUUUGGAGCGACUUCAUCAAUGUGCGGAGAAGGAGCUGCAGCUUUAUCUAAAUGCUGAGGGUCCAUCAAAGGAGUUUAAUGAGUUCCGUACUAAGCUCGCUGGUCUGACCAGUGUUACCCGUAAUUACUUUGAGAAUCUUGUUCGCGCUUUAGAGAACGGACUAUCAGAUGUAAAUUCCCACCCGGCUUGCAGCAGAGCGAGUAGCUCAAAGAGUUUGGGUGGUGGGUCUAGUAAGGGGAAAAACAACAGAGGCAAGGGAAGUGCAUCUAAAUCAAGCAGUUCGAGGAACUUAGAUGACUCUGGCCACUGGUCAUGUGAGUAUUGUACGUUUGCAAAUGUCAAGGCCGCUACUGUUUGCCAGAUGUGCCAACAACGACGAUGAACUCCAUCUCAUAGAACUACAUCUUGGACACAAAAUAUAACCCCAUCUGGUACACGUGUACCGUUAAUCAUUUGGAAUUUGCUGCCUCGACUAUUUGAUGGUGGUUGAGGGUUUACAAAUUUUUCUGUAUGAUAUAUGUAUGGAGGUCUGGAAAAAGGAUAUCUAGAUGGAAAGAGGCUGUAUUUCUGUGAUAUGAUUGUUGUACAUAAGAAUAUGUUGCCUCUUUAAUAGCCUUGUCGCUCCAUGCAAAAAAUUCAAGCAGUGUUACAAGUCAAAUCCCGUUAAAAUCAAAUGUAUUUUCUGUACUUUGCAGUGUAAUAGGUGGGGGAUAGACUAUUUACAGGUAAAAUUUUAAUUCAAGCUGUUAUUUUUUUUAUGUGACAGGAAUUUCGAUUGUAACCCCCAAAUAAGACAUCUACUUACUUUUGAAUGCUUCAUUGCGCUUUUUGUUUGA